UGGAAACGUGGAGGCAUUAGAAUCGCUGGAUGAGCCCUGACAGAUGCCGGGAGAGGAGAGGCUCCUGUUUCUACCCCACUCCCAGAAACGACGAUGGGCGGUUAGGAGAGAAUUGACCUUGGAAGCAAAAGUUAUUCCAGCUUCACCACUUAACAGGGUUGCUAUGACAACUGCAAAAAAUACAGAGUACUUGGAACAAUGCUCAGUGCGUAUCAGAAAAGCACUGAUCGUACUGGCCCACUCAGAGAGGACGUCCUUCAACUAUGCCAUGAAGGAGACUGCCAUAGAGGCUUUGAAGAGGAAAGGAUGGGAGGUCACUGUGUCGGACCUGUAUGCCAUGAACUUCAAUCCCGUCAUCUCCAGAAAGGACAUCACAGGUAAACUGAAGGACCCCGGGAACUUUCAGUAUCCUGCCGAGACUGUUUUAGCUUAUAAAGAAGGCCGUCUCAGCCCAGAUAUUGUGGCCGAACAAAAGAAGCUGGAAGCUGCAGACCUUGUGAUUUUUCAGUUCCCCCUGCAGUGGUUUGGAGUCCCUGCCAUCCUGAAAGGCUGGUUUGAGCGGGUGCUCGUAGGGGAGUUCGCUUACAAGUAUGCUGCCAUGUAUGAUAAGGGGCCUUUUCGGAAUAAGAAGGCAGUGCUUUCCAUCACCACCGGUGGCAGCGGCUCCAUGUACUCUCUGCAUGGUAUCCAUGGGGACAUGAACAUCAUUCUCUGGCCAAUUCAGAGUGGCACUCUGCACUUCUGUGGCUUCCAAGUCUUGGAACCUCAACUGACAUAUAGCAUUGGGCACACUCCCGAGGAUGCCCGAGUUCAGAUCCUGGAAGGAUGGAAGAAACGCCUGGAGAAUAUUUGGGAUGAGAUGCCACUGUAUUUUGCUCCAAGUAGCCUCUUUGACCUAAAUUUCCAGGCAGGAUUCUUAAUGAAAAAGGAGGUGCAGGAUGAGCAGAAAAGUAAGAAAUUUGGCCUUUCUGUGGGCCAUCACUUGGGCAAGUCCAUCCCAAUGGACAAUCAGAUCAAAGCCAUAAAAUAAGAUCCACAAGGCUGGACUUCCUUCUAAGAAUGUGACCUAAUCUUGGUUGCUAUUUUGAGCUUCCUUGAUUUGCUCUAGUUUUUAAGAUCUGUGUUUUUCUUUUUCCGUGAGGAAUGAAUAAUAGAGAACAGACUAAAUUCAUACGUUUCUGGAUAGCUUUAUUAAAUAAUGUAACCAAUUCUUAUGAUUGCUAUCAUGGCAAAAUCUGAUUAGUCUCAAAAGGGCUCUUAGGAUGUAAAGCCAGACAGAAAGGUAGAAAGAUGCCAGACAGUAUUCUUUAAGGCCCUCUACACAAUUUAAUCCCUCUCUCUUUAGGUAUAUAUUUUUAGGAAUAAAUCUGGCUAGAGAGCAUCCAACUCCUCAAUGAUCUAUUUUUCUUUAAUUACCUCUCUGUGGUUUAUGGCAGAAGGGAAUUGCUCAGAGGAGGAAAUGACAGAAUCUGUCUGACCUAAGGGACUUGUUUAAUAAUUGCUACUCUCUGCUUGUUUGUGAUAUAUAUUAGCUUUAUUACUAUACAAUGACUACCAUGCCUACAUGAAUGUCCUCCUUCCUUGAACUUUUGUUGUUAACACAGAUACCUUGAAAUGAAAAGUUAAUAAAAAUCUUUUU